AUGACUUUGAGGAUGAUGACUCGGAUUUUGAAAGCCCUGCUGAAUCGUCUGAUGAAGACGAUGUUGGUUAUCUUGUUGCUCCACAAACAACCAGAAGGAGUAAGCCAAAUAAUAUGGGGUACAUUGAAUGGGACUAAGCCUCAAGAUACAAUUUUUUUUGUUGGUCAAGCAUUUGAGAAUGCUGAACAGUUAAAGAAGGCUCUUGCUGAUUAUUGUAUCCACCAUGGAAAAAAUGUAUCAUACACCAAGAACCAUAAAGAUAGGGUUGGAGCAGUUUGUAAGGUUGAUGGAUGCCCUUGGAGAAUUUGGGCUUCUUGGGAUGGUAAUAAAAAAUCAUUUGCUGUCAAAACACAUUUGGGUGAGCACACUUGUGGCUGGAGUUGUAAAGUGAAUAAGAUUAGUUCAACAUGGAUAGCAAAUCACUAUCAGAAAAAGUUUAAGAUUAAUCCUUACUUGAAAUUAAUGGAACUAAUGGAUUCGGUUUGGCUAGAUUGGGGAAUCAAAGUUUCCAAAUUUAUGGCUUUCAAGGCUAGGAGGAAGGGUCAAGCACUAAUUGUUGGUGAGUACAAGGAACAAUUUGCUUUGUUGCCAAGAUAUGGAGCUGAAAUCAGAAGAUCAAAUCCAAACAACACAAUUAAGUUUCAAUUGAGUAACAACGUCUUUGAAAGGAUGUACUUAUGUUUUGAUGCGCUGAGAAGAGGCUUUUUAGAUGGUUGUAGACCAUUCAUUUCCUUAGAUGGAUGUUUCUUGAAAGCUCCUUAUGGAGGACAAUUGUUGGUUGCUGUAGGAAGGGACGGAAACAAUCAAAUGUUCCCUAUUGCUUGGGCCGUUGUUGAAGUUGAAAGUAAGGAUAGUUGGGGCUAG